CUCUAGCCUAAGUGUAGAUAAUGAAAAGGAAAAGGAAAAAUUGAGAAUGCAGGUAGUUUGUCACCUACUGUACACAGAGCAUGCCCAUUCACAGGAUAUAAAUUCUAAUCUCAGCUGCUGGGAUUUGGUUCAAGUCACUCAGCCAUUUUGAGCUGAUGACUUGAGUUGUGCACCUAAUGAGAAUGAAAGCACUUUGUCUGUUGUCACAGGUUUAUUGUAAAGUUCCAGUAUAACUGUGCAUGAAGCUCCAUAGAAAUUAAAUUAUGUUUGGGCUGUAAACUAAUGGAAUUUAAAAUGAUUGGCUCUGCCUAUUUAAGAUUUUUCUUUUUGCCUAGAAAAAGACACAAAAAACUGAAUUACUCUUCUGAUGGAUGGAAGGGGGAUGUAAGUCUAUAUAUGUGCCUGCAUCAUGCCUAUAUCUGUUUUAUUGUUUGUUAGUGUUUUCUUUGUUUCUUUUUUCUUUUUUUUUUCUUUUUUUGAAGGGAAGCUCAGACUUGAAAUGAAAGAAACUACUGCAAAGUUAAGUUUUUCUGUGGUAGACACUCACAAGCAAAGAUUCAUGAGUGAUAGUCCUUGUGACUUUACUUGGAGAGAAACUCCAACUCAUAAGAGAAUCCAGCUUAGAGAAAGACAUUAUGAAUGUAACCAAUGUGGAAAAGGUUUUAUAAAAAAGGAAAAUCUUAUUGUACAUCAAAGAAUCCACAAUGGAGAGAAACCUUAUGAAUGUAACCAGUGUGGAAAGGCUUUUAGAGAAAAGGGCAAUCUUAUUGUACAUCACAGAAUUCACACUGGAGAGAAACCUUAUGAAUGUAACCACUGUGGAAAGGCUUUUAAAGAUAGAGGAACUCUUAGUACACAUCAGAGAAUACACACAGGAGAGAAACCUUAUGAAUGUAACCAGUGUGAAAAGGAUUUUAGUCAAAGGAAAGCUCUGAUUGAACAUCAGAGAAACCACACUGGAGAGACACCUUAUGAAUGUAACCAAUGUGGAAAGGCUUUUAAAGUUAGGGGAACUCUUAGGAAACAUCAACGAAUCCACACUGGACAGAAACCUUAUGAAUGUACCCAAUGUGGAAAGGCUUUUAGAGAAAAGAUAGCUCUUAUUGGACAUCAAAGUAUCCACACUGGAGAGAAACCUUAUGCAUGUAAUCAGUGUGGAAAGACUUAUGGACAUAAAAGAAGUCUUAUUGAGCAUCAGAGAAUCCACACUGGACAGGUACCUUAUGAAUGUAACCAAUGUGGAAAAGUUUUUAGAUAUAAGCAAAGUCUUAUUGUACAUCAGAGAAUCCAUACUGGAGAGAAACCUUAUGAAUGUACCCAAUGUGGAAAGGCUUUUAGACAAAAGAUAGCUCUUAUUGGACAUCAGAGUUCCCACAUUGGAGAGAAACCUUAUGAAUGCAACCAGUGUGGAAAGAGUUACAGACAUAAAAACAGUCUUACUGUACAUCAGAAAAUCCAUACUGGAAAGAAUUGUGGCAAGGAUUUUAGUCAAAGGAAAGCUCUUACUGACAUCAGAGAAUCCACUCUGGAGAUAAACCUCAUCAAUGUAACCAGUAUGGAGACUUGUAAACAUAAGAAAAGUCUUACUGAGCAUCAGAGAAUCCUCACUGGAGAGAAACCUCAUGAAUGUAAGUAAAAUAUUUUUAAAAAGGGAAGUUUUUGAAUGGAUGCCUAUAAUGUCUGGGCUAGCUCUCUGGAACCCUCUGGAGGGCUUCAGGAUCAAUCAAAGUCCUUGGUCUCCAGGGGGAGAAGUGAAGGAGUCAGGCAAGCUGCCACACAGCUUGCCAAAAAUGAAUCCUGGACCCUGGAGUUGGGAGCCUGAGAGCUCUCUCUUCCUUGUCCUUCAGCAGAGCAACUCUGACUUUCUCCCUCCGCCCUCCAGUCCUUGUCUAGGAUUACCUCACCACCACACAUUCAGCAAGCACCAAUGGUGAGGGGAGCCAUCACAUCACCAUCUCAUCUAAAUAUAUGUGUGUAGAACCGUUAUUUCACAUCAAAUAGGUAAUUAGCCUUAAGUGCGCUGCUGUCUGAUUCAAGAACACCUUUUCAGAGUUUCAGCCCUCUACAGAUGCCCAACAGUUGGAGAAUACUGAAUAAGUUAUGGCAUAUGAAUAUUAUGGAAUAUUAUUGUUCUAUAAGAAAUGAUCAACAGGAUGAUUUUAGAGAG